AUGCUGAGUUUUGUGCCUUUCAUCUUCGUCCUGAAUUUCAUCGGUCCUUUGAGCGCCCUCCAGGAUAAUGAUUCUUCCAUCUGCCUACUUACCGAUGCUCCCAAUCAGUGUGGAGCCUUCUGCCUGUCCGCACUGCAUCCUCUUAUCGACGACAAUUUCCACAGCCAGGUGAAGCUGGAUCGGAUUGAGCAAGGAGUCGAAUCCCUGAAGAAUGCUUCCGAAGGACAUUUUGGAUCGGUGAAUUCACAGAUCAAGAAUGAAUUCCAGUCGCUUCUCACCAAAAUGGAGAUAUCCAUGCUGAUAGAUGGCCAACUUCUGGAGGUAUAUAAAAAGCUAGAGGCGAGAUUAAAUGGAACGGAGGGUCAACUACGGAUGUUCGAGUCGAAAAUGGAGGCCCAACUUCUGGAGCUAAAGAACCAACUAUCGGCCUUUCAGAAAACCCUUCUCGAAAUCCCUUCCACAAUUUAUUAUAAGAUCAAGUAUCCGAAAUUUGAGCUUAUUGGAUCUAGAUAUUUUUAUAUCGAACAUUAUAUUAAGAAAACCUGGGAUGAGGCUGCAGAAACAUGUCGAGAAAUGGGCGGCUAUUUGGCGGCUUUCGAAAACCCAGAGGAACUCACGGCCGUAAUGUCGAAGUUUUUUAGAUGGAGUUACUGGACUGGCAUCAAGCGUUUGAAGGAAGAUGGAGAGUACAUAUCCACGGCCUCCGGGAAGCCAGCCACCGUUUUUAAAGCACCGUUUUCCUUCGGAGGGUCCGACAUUGGCGGUCCAUGCGUUCUGCUACGUGGAGUCGGGAUGUUUGAAUUCCCUUGUAAUGAUGAAAAAUAUUUUAUUUGCCAAUCAGAUAAUGAAACAUAA